CCUUUCUCGGUAGGAUUGGCGGUUCUAGACACUCUGAAUUCUCUAACAGAGAUAGGUUGCUUUCUGGCUAGCGUUGAUGAGUCUCUUGUGAGCACAACUUACAGCACUAUCGCGUCGCAAUUUCAACGGCUCACGGAGGGGGCUUGGCUUCUCGUAGCGUAUAACUUUGGGUACUGUGUGUCAUUGCCUGUGUACGGCCUAGUUAGUGAUCUCUAUGAUAAGAAGAAAGUUCUCCUUUGUUCAUACUUCUUAUUCAUACUUGGGAGCGUGGGCUGCGGCGCCAGUACAUCCCUGGUCCAACUCACCCUGGCACGAGUAAUUGCCGGCAUGGGCGGAGCGGGCAUGAUAGUUCUUGUAUCUAUUGUUUUGACAGACCUCAUGCCUCCGGAAGAUGUGGCCGUCUACCGAAGCUACGAGAAUACGAUCUAUAUCACCGGACGUAGUUUAGGAGCGCCUCUUGGCGGACUACUGAUAGAUACUAUUGGCUGGAGAUGGUCCUUCAUCGGCCAGACACCCAUAGCCAUAACGUGCGCCCUAUCUGUGGCCUAUCUCCUGCCCAAUCUGAGGAAAAGGACACUAUGCAGAGAUUCUACACCUUCGAGGUGCAGGAUCUUCGACCUGGACUUUCUAGGUAUCAUAACUUUUAGCAUCACAAUCAUUCUCCUUCUGUUCCUUCUCCAUACCGUUGGAAUACCUGAACAAAACUGGAUUGUUGUCCCUGCCCUCACACUGCCAUUUACCCUUUCCCUGCUUAUCCUGAUAGAGGUCUAUUGGGCCGAAAGACCACUCAUCCCAAUAGACCUGAUGGGUAAACCACUGGGUGCAUACUGCCUCGUGCAGUUUCUGCUUUUUACAGGACGCAAUGCUCUCGUCAGCAGUCUAGUCCCCUACUUUAUCCGGGUCGAAAACACCUCUGAUCUAAUCGCCUCCCUAUCAUUCGUCCUCACUUCCCUUGGUGUCUCUGCCGGAGGCCUUAUAUCAGGCUAUAUAAUUAAACGGUCCCACCGUUACAAAACCAUGACCUUAGUCGCUUUAGUCUUCAGCAUCCUCAUCUACCUCACGAUUUACAUUCAAUGGCAGGACGGCUGCUCCCUUCUCGAAACCGUCUCCAUAUUCUUCUCCGGCCUGACCAUGGGGAUCGUCUUCUCGACCCAGUUCGUUGGCAUGUCGGCGAGUUCACCACCGUCUCGGUUAGCAACUUGCAUCGGGACAUUCUGUCUCAGCCAGCAGUUAGGGUUCAUUGUUGGGCCCGCAGCAGGAUUGAGCUUGAUUCAGAGGGUGUUUGGGGAGAGAUUGAUGGAUCAAUUGGGACUGGCAAAGGAGCAGCUUGUAAAGCAGAUCCUGGACGAUGCGCGGUUUGCGAGGAAGCUAAGCCCGGCGCUGAGGGACAUUGCCAGGGAGAGUUAUUUGCACGCGUUCCGGGUUGGGCCUGCGUUGGCACUAGGGUGUAAUGUUGUUGCGUUGGGGAUGGUUUGGUGCUUGAGGGAACAGAGGGUUGGGUAG